CAGAUAAUUCCAUUUCUACACGAUAAAAAUGCCUGGAGUCAAGAAGCGCAAGGUCGCCCGUGAGGCACCUGCGCCUGCGCCCGCACAAGAGAGCGAUGUUGAAUCUUCCACCCCAGAGCAAACGCAAGAACCAGAAGCACAAGAGCAAGAACAAGAAGAGGGACAGUCCAAGACGUUCAAGGAACUAGGAAUCAUCGAACAGCUAUGCGAGGCUUGCGAGACCAUGGGCUACAAAGCGCCUACACCUAUUCAGCGGGAGUCGAUUCCUCUGGCUCUUCAAGGCCGUGAUUUGAUCGGUCUUGCAGAGACCGGAAGUGGAAAGACGGCAGCGUUUGCUCUUCCCAUCCUCCAAGCCUUGAUGGAAAAGCCCCAACCCUUCUUCGGCCUCGUCCUCGCCCCAACCCGAGAACUCGCCUACCAGAUCUCCAAAUCUUUCGAGUCCCUAGGCGCCAGCAUGGGUGUGCGAAGCUGCGUCAUCGUCGGUGGCAUGGACAUGGUCUCUCAGUCAAUUUCCCUCGGCAAAAAGCCCCAUAUCAUCGUGGCCACCCCCGGUCGUCUUCUGGACCACCUCGAGAACACCAAGGGCUUCUCCCUCCGCAACCUGAAGUACCUGGUGAUGGACGAAGCGGAUCGACUUCUUGACAUGGACUUCGGACCCCUCCUCGACAAGAUCCUGAAAGUCCUGCCCCGUGAGCGCCGCACAUUCCUCUUCUCUGCGACGAUGAGCUCAAAGGUCGAAUCCCUCCAACGUGCCUCCCUCUCCAACCCGCUCCGUGUCUCUGUCUCCACGAGCAAAUACCAGACCGUCUCGACUCUCCUCCAAUCUUACCUCUUCAUUCCCCAGAAGCACAAGGACCUGUACCUUGUCUACCUGUUGAACGAAUUCGCCGGCCAGAGUACUAUCAUCUUCACGAGGACGGUGAACGAGACGCAGAGACUUGCGUUCUUGCUUCGUGCGCUUGGCUUCGGCGCUAUCCCGCUGCAUGGACAGCUUUCACAGUCUGCUCGUCUCGGUGCGCUGGGCAAGUUCCGUGCUCGUAGUCGGAAUAUUCUUGUCGCGACGGAUGUGGCUGCUCGUGGUUUGGAUAUUCCGUCCGUUGAUGUUGUGCUUAACUUUGAUUUGCCGGGUGAUUCUCCCAGCUAUGUCCACCGUGUCGGACGUACUGCCCGUGCUGGAAAGAGUGGUCUUGCUAUCAGCUUUGUCGCCCAGUACGAUGUUGAGGUUUGGCUGAGGAUCGAAGGUGCUUUGGGCAAGAAGCUCAAGGAAUACGACUGCCCUAAGGAUGAGGUCAUGGUGCUUGGUGAGAAUGUCGCGGAGGCGCAACGGCAGGCGAUUAUGGAUAUGAAGGAUUACAAUGAGAAGAAGGGAAGCAGGGGCAAGAAGUUCGGUGGGAAGCGUUCUCGGGAUGAGAUGGAUCAAGAGGAGGGUUAGGCCUGAAGGGUUCAAACCUCUUGGCGCCGCAUUUUACGAAGUUAAUACCCAAAAUUGAUGAUUGUUCACCUGCUUGCUGUGUCGACAUUUUCAUAAAAGUCUAGAUGUGCUCCAAUCAACUAUAAUGCCAGAAGAAUGUAUUUAAAACGUGAAAACAGAUCUGAGAACAUAAAAUGCAACUU